AUGCGAUGCGCGAGCAAGGCCGCCGAGAGCGCGUCUGCACGUCUCUGUGCGGACGCCGAAGCAGAAACAACAGAAACUGAUGUCUCAUCGGUUGCUGAAACGACCCAGCCUGUGUCACUUGGUGACGCAGGCGCUGGUCAUGAAGACACUCGUGUCUUCACAGAGUACGAGCUCGGUGUCUCGUACUCUCCUGAUACGGAAGACGGAUCCGUAUCGACGGCGAUUGAAUCUAAGCCGCCUGCCAAGCGUGGCAUGGAUGAUGCAAUGCGUCGUAGCAUCUUUGGUUCAUCUGAUGAAUCAGAUGAACCAUCGCCAAAGCGAAGGCGCUCGAGAUCGCAAGACUCGGGCGCUCACAUUGGUGUCGGUUCUCCUAUGGACACCACUUUGCAGCGAGAUACCAGUACUUCUGUCGGCACGUCGCAGGAAGAGCGGGACCGCAAUGUGUUGCGUCUCGCUCCUGAGAAGAAGGCAUGGAUGCCUCCUAAAUCAGUCAUGGAUCACUUUUCGGCGACGACGAGUGAUCGUUAUCGAACACGGUUGUUCGAUUCGUCAAGGAUCCAUCACCUUGACCCCUGUGCGAAAGACUAUCGCGCUGAGAAUGAAUUCUUCAUCGAUGCUUUCUUUAGACAUCGAUGGUACAGGGGGAAUCACAAGCGUGAUGGUCCCUCACUGCUUCAAGCGUGGAACGCCUCACAUCCAUAA